CAAGGUGGUCAGAGCUGGGGUCGGAGCUUGGCUCUGGCCGGCGUGGAGGGCUUUCCGCUGCGUCCCCGUCGCAAGUGAGAUCCUGAAUGGAUUGGGUAGAUGAAUAUUCCCAUAAUUCCUUUGACCUACAAUGUUUGUUAGACUCAUUCCCUGGAGACUUGGAGUUUAAGCAGAUUUUCAGUGACAUUGAUGAACAGAUCGAACAAAAUGCUGCAAGCAUAGAACAUUGCAUUAAAGAGAUACAGGCCAAAGUUAGCAAGCAGUAUUCAGAUGUGCAGCUGCAAACAACUACUGACUGCUUGGAAUGGCUAACUGAUUUUGACUAUAAUACAGCUAAGGCACCUUCCAUCUUCCAUGGAGAUUUAAUAAAAUUCCUCAAGACACUGCAAGAUUUGUUGACAAAAGAACAAAAUCAAGAAGAAAUGAUACUGGAUUUCCUUUGUGACCUCUCCUGCCAGAGCAAUGUUUGCUUCCCAUCGACUCUAAGCGGAAUAUCUUUCCAUACCCUCUCUAGGAAUUCCCUUCAUUCAGUUGAAGAUCACUCUUCUGUGGAAGUAAAGUCUAUAUGGGAUGAUGUAAGACUGCAUCUUCGACGGUUCUUAGUGUGCAAAUUAGAAAGACAUAAUGAAAUAAAUAACCCACAGCAAAAAAUUUUAUUGAAAAAUCAAUGCAUACAAAAACUAUUGUUUCUUUAUCCAGAAAAUGAAGUUAUUGUCAAGUACCAAAACAUACAGAAUAAACAGCUAACAAAAUUUCUGCAGGACUACUUUCCUUCUUAUAACAGAGAUUCGAAUUUAGACGUAAUAGUGCAUGAAUAUGAAAGUACCAUGCUUAAGUUAUACUCAGUGAUAAAAGAGGAUUUUAAUACGAUAUGUGAAAUUUUAGCGCCAUCCUCAACAGUGAAAUUUAUUAAAGAAACAUACCUGGAUACGAUUACAGAAGAAAUGGCAAAAUUUCUACAAAAUUUCUGUGAGCUGCUGUUCAAAGAAAAUGCUGUUCGUGUGGUUAAGACCAGCAAGAGCUCCAGCAAGCAUAGAGGAACAGUGCAUGCUUUGGUUACUCCAGAAGGCCCAGAGAAAGGAAGAGACUUAUCUCUUUCCUUCGAUGAACUCCAGUUCUUGUCACACCUCGUAAAAUCCUUGUUGAAGCUGGAAAAUGAUGUUCAGGAAUUGUUUCAAGGAAUGUUUUCAUCACUUUUAGUUCCAAGGAAGUCUUCAGGAGUUUUUGAAAAAUCUAAUAGAAAAGUUAUGAUAGAGAAAACAAGAGCAAAUGAACCCAGUAUUCUUUCAGAGCAAUUGCUACCAGUAAAAGAGGCUACAUUAUUAGAUUUUGGCUGGAGAAAUGCAUUUAAGGAACUAUCUCUUCCCAUGGCAUAUUGCAUAACAACUACAGUUGAAAAUUUUUCCACAAGAAUACUCCAACAGGAACAGAAAGAAAGAUCUUCAGUUAUGAGCUAUGCUAUGAACCUUGUAAGUGCUCAGGGAGUUUGGCAAGAUUGCCACAUGUUUCCUGAGGAAGAACAACCAAAGAAAAUUGCAAAGUUUUGUUCUAACAUCAUGGAAAAACUUGACACAAUACUUCCACUGGCUCUGGCAUGCAGAGAUGAUUCUUUUCAGGAAAUUAGAGCAAACUUGGUGGAGGCCUGUUGUAAAGUGGCAACAGCUGUCCUGGCAAGACUGCAAGAGAGAAGCAAAGAGGUUCCUUCCAAAGCACCCCUGAAAAAUGUGCACAUCCUACUCUCCACAGCGGUCUAUGUCCUCCAGCACUUCAUGCAGUAUGAUCGUUUUAUGAAAGAAACUACUAAUAAACCCAUGUUCCUGGUGCCUGUCCAGAGAUAUCAGGAAUUCAUCAACGCGCUACAGUUUCAGGUUACGAACUACUGCGUCAGAGUUUGUGCUACAAGCAUUUUACAGGAUGCUGAGAGCCACCACUGGGAUGACUACAAAGCUUUUUAUGAGGGGGAAAGAUGCUCCUUCUCACUCCAGAUGUGGCAUUAUUUCUACUGGGCUCUUCAGCAUGAUCUCUGGACCAUACUUCCCCCUAAGUUAGCCCAGGAGAUUCUCACAGAAGUGCUGGAGGAAUCUUUGGGUCUGUUGGCCUCCAGAUAUGCUCGGGCCAAUCCCAGUUAUAAGAGGACUCCACAGAUACGACUUGAUGUCACAACAAUUUUCACAUGUACGGAGAAUAUGUUAUGGUCAAUUUGUUCAUCUGUACAGGAACUUCUGAAUCCUCAUGUACAUAAAAAUGAUAAAAUUUUAAAAAUUCAUUCCCACUGUAAUAAUCUAUUUACAACAUUAGCCAUUUUGACUUCACCAUUAACAGAAUUAUAUAAAGCCUUUCAGCAUGGUAUGGAUGAGUCAGCUUCAGGCUCCUUGCAAACCUUUUUCAACCAACCAUUACAUUGGCUUUCCUGCAUAUCACAUUUCUACCCUUCUCUACUCAGGACUUCAUCAGCUGGAGGACUGAAAGUGGAAGGUCAAUUGAAACUGCUCUUAUCCCAGCCCGGUUGUAACUGGAACCUGCUUCUUGAAACCCUGCUGUGUAAUGAUGGCCUUUUACCAAGAAUCUUGUUGAGAAGCUCAAAAUGCAACUUUCAAGAACAAGCUUCUGAGACAGAAAAUAAUCUGAACCAAGCACCCAGUGUGGUAGAAGCCACCUUUAAAGUACUAUACCACUGCAGUCUUUCUCCACAAACAUUUGGAAAUGUUUUUGUGACCUACAUGGAAGAAGAGCAAUUAUGGGAGUUUUUGUAUAACAUUCCAGAUUCAACAAACAUGGAGUCUGAGCCAGAGGUCGUCCAAUGCUUGAGACUGGUACUGACGGAUGCUGUCAAAGACACUGUGCGUCUGAUAAUAUCUGUGAUGAACCCUGGGAGAAACUGUGAAACAAGCCUAAGCAAACCCAGAGUUCCCAGUUGCUUGCUUGAAAGCAUUCCACAGGAAUGGAAUUAUAUUCCAAAAGAAACAAAAAGGAAAGAGCCAAACAAAGGCUUCACAAGGUUUGCUGCUCAGGCAAUAUCUAUUGUAAUCAGCAAGCUACCUACAGUGAUUGCAUGUUUGCCUCCCUCAAUUAAAUACUUCUUUUUUCUGUCUGAGAGAAAAAUGUCAAAAAACUUUGUGGAAUUGAAGAAAGUUGGCCUGCUUGUCUGGAACUUGGUUAUAAUUACAUGUCGGAUAUUUGAAGAUGGAAACACUGUGGAACUCUUAACAGGUGCCUCCCUUGACAGAUGGAGUAAAGAGAAACUCAGUUUAAUUUGUGCAUGUUUGGAAAGCAUCAUUCAAGGGCACAGUAGCCCUAACCAAAAGAUUCAGAAGGUCACACAGAGCAUCGAGCAACAAAAUCCCAACUGGAUAGAACGCCAACUGUUGAAAGCAAGGAAACUUAGCACUGAAUGUGCACUUAUGACAAUGGAGAAAAGCACAGUUUUAGAAGAAGGAGAUGCUCCUCUUGAACUGACUGAGCAGAAAAUAAACACGAUGGUCCUGGAUCUCUGCCACAAACCAGGUGGCAGCGAAUACCUGAGGCAAAUUUAUCACAUCAUGCGGCUCAAUGAGGAAUAUUUAAAAGAACAGCUGUUUUCUAUGAAGGGUUCAGAGGAAAAGCCAUUGCCCAUCCAGCCUUUAAAGAUGCCCUUAAGGAAUGUGGAAGAUGCGCCUUCUGCCUUUAACCCUUUCCAUGUGAAUAAGGUGUUCAGUGAACACAUGGUAGAUCAAUCAGCCAUCACAAAAUGGAGCUGGAAUUGGUCAAACUUACUGCCAAAUUAUCUGGGACUGGAUAAGAUGACCUUCAGUGUACUGCUCAAAAACAGGUGGGAAAUGAACAAGGAAGAAAUGCUAGAAGAGGAAGAAAAGGCAAUGCUGGAGCAUUUAAAACAAAUUUGCAUCCUACAGACCUCUUCGGUCUCAGAUAACACAGAGGAACAGUAACCUGCAGGAAACAGAAGCAACCUUAUUUUGGGAAACAAUUCCAUAUAAUAGAGUAGGAUUUUUUUUUUUUUAACAAUAGUCAGGAUGCACCUUAGAUGUGCUGCGAAGCAUGAAACCAAUGAUGGAACAAUCCCUGUACUGAAAAAGAAUACAGCACAUAAACAAUAAGGUGCUUCAUACUUAGAUUUUAAAAAUAAUUUAAAAUGUUUUCUUUCUUCAGUCUUUUUCUUUAUUUGAUAAAACUGCUGCCAUCUCGUGUUCCCUUAGAAUUAUUUUUUUCCUUCCUUUCAGUCUCGAAGUAUCUAUGACAACAGGCAAAAUGUUUGGAAAUCAUUUCCCUAUGGAUUUCUUAAUACAACAUUUGGAUGUUACAUUGAAUGGAGUCAUCUGAAAGUUUCCAUUUAAUCUUGUUGCUUAGCCCAGGUCUAGGCCUUAAUUGCUUUUACUACCCGCUAUUGGACUAGCCUCCCUUCCCACAUAACGUCUUCUUCAUUCAAUUUACCUUAAUCACAGCCACAAAAAACAUUAUUCUUGAGCUAGUAGUUUUAGUCACAUCACUGUUUAUGGUAGUGUUCAGGCCUCCUCCUAAGUCUGAUUCAGACUUCUACUCACAAUGUUUACAGGCUCCUAUCUGAGAUGGCUCCCAUUCAGGAAAAUGCCUGCCAUCCUUUAGUCUCAAGUCACAUGCUUGCUAUGUUUUCCAACCAGAAAUCUUUAUCUGAAAAUUAUACUUAAAAGUCAUCCCAACAUUCUCCACCCAGCAGUUCAUAAUUUUGGUUACUUAUAUCCAUUGUAUUAAUACACACACACAAAUAAAAAGGUAGAAUGUAUUUAAAUACUCUCUACCAAGAACAAUUAUAGGUUUUUUAAAUUAUCCUUUGUAUCAGUGUCUGAUAUUAUAAAGACCUGGAAGGCCUUAGAUAUAAUAUAAAGUCUCUCUUUAUACAUCACCAUAUGCCACUGCAGUGUUAUUUAUCAAACAGGCAGUUAAUAAACACAUUGAUUAAAUGACUGCAUUGAGAGAAGACUGCAAAAAUGUAACCUUCAGUACAUCUAAGAGAAGCCAUAUAUUGGACUAUUUUAGACCAUAUGACAUCAAACAUCAUGCUUUCUGAUGUUCUCAGAUAUAUAAUAAACUGUCCAUGCUCCCACAUUCUGUGAUUUUUAUAAAAUAUGUGUAGGCUACAUAGUUUCCAAAGUAAAGUACUCAUGCAUUUUCAAAGAAAUAAAAGUUUGGAGUGCAGAGGAGGCCACCUAGAGAAAUGUCUUGCAUUUUUACUUGAAAUAAAACUCAUAAAUGGCCAUGUAGCCAGAUGCCUGCUAAAUAACACAUUUUAUUUUUAAGAAAUGUACUUUACUUGGCCAGUAUAAUCACGAACCAAGUGUUUUAAGAUAUGGCUGAAACACUUUCUAAAAACUCUAUCAAGGCCAUUUGAAAAAUUAUAAGACAAUUUUAUGAAAAUUGGACAUUUCAUCUAAUCUAAUCUAUAAGCAGCUAGCCUGACAAUGGACAGAAAUAAAACGAGUUGACUAUUCCUUUGGCCAAUUAGUAUUCUAUAACUGAAUAUGCAUCAUUAUACUAGACUAGGCAUUAAAAUGAAAAGUCAAGAUAAAAAUAAAUUAAUCUAAUAAAUGAAACAAAACAAUCUUGUAAAGUUACAAACUUUCCCAUUUGGAUUGUCUUCUAAUGUAUUUAAAGGUCAUCCAUUAAAGCUAUUUUUUAUUGAAUCUAUAUAUUUCUAUACUAAUCCUAGGAAUUGAGUCAGUUCCUUAAGAAAAGUAAACUUCCAUGGCAUCAUUUUGAAAGGAAAGAAAUAUAGAGCAAUCAAAGUUGAAUUCUCUUCUGUACUUGUUCAGAAACAUUACAAUAGCCAUAAUACAAAAAAAAACCAAGAAUAAUAAUAACCAAGAAAAAUAACCAAGAGAAGUCAUUGAAUGAAUAAAUUAUUUUGACUUCAUACUUAAUAUGAUUUUUAAAGUAUGAUGAAUAGUAUUGCCAAACAGUUGUUGUUUCUCAUAUUUAGUUUGCACUUAUAUAAAUAAAUAAAAGUAACAAAGUUUCUAAGUCUUCAAAUGCUUAGUACAAAAUUUCUUCUUCUGUAUUACAGGUAACUGUAUUUUAUGUAAUUAUAAAGAGAUAUUUAUUUUAUUAUUGGUUUAUCAGUUACUAUGUAGAAAUAUAAAUUUUAAUAGAAUAAAAAUAUGUCUA